UUUAAAGCGGGAAAGAAACGUUUGCAAAGAAACAUUAGUGACUUAAAAAGUUUACUACAGCUGGUUGAACAGUCGUAAAACCGGUUACCGAUGGAUAUUAUGUGGUAACAAACGUGUUAACACCGGCUGUGUGCCGUUUGUUUCCGUUACGUUACCGUUACCGUGUCGCAAAGCAGCUAACCGACAAAAGGGAAACGAGACUCUGCACGCGGACGGACGAGGACUUUCUGGGGCAUGUUUACUCAAGACUGGAGGGCAAAUAAACAUUUCUGUUUUUCUCAAUGAAAGAGAAUAAAAUGAAGCCAAAACGCAUCCAGAGGCACACGGGACCCACCUGGCAAGGGAAAGGCGUCGCUGCUGGUGACAAGGCAACGCUGAGUCAAGCUAAGCCAACUUCGCUUGUGUCUUCUCUUGCUCACGUCAAACCUUUCGCUGGGAAAGUGUUUUACCUGGAUCUGCCUUCAAACAGAAUAGCAGAGACGUUGGAGAGCGACAUCAAAGAACUGGGAGGGACUGUUGAAAAGUUCUUCAGUAAGGAAAUUAAGUAUCUGGUAUCCAACAAGAGGGAGGCCAGGUAUGUGCAGUGCCUCAGGCAGGACUCUCCUGUCCCCAGCCCCGACUCUGGUCCGAGUUCACCUCACCCUCGCUCAAAGCCGCCGCAGCAGCCUGGCAGCCAUGGGGACAAAAGCAGAUCUCAGGGCCAGACCGACACAUUUGUUCCAAGUCGAGGGAAGUCUCUGGUGGAGCGAGUGGUGAAAGAGCAGGAGAGGGUACAAAUGAACAAGAUCCUGUCAAAUGCUCUGGACUGGGGUGUGAAAAUCCUCUACAUAGAUGAUAUUAUAGCAUAUGUUCAGAAGAAGAAAAAGGUCCAGUGUCCUGCUACCACUGCCGUCAAAGCAAGUGUCAAAGCUGAGGCAGCAGCAAAACAAGGCUUUCAGAAAUGCAAAGCGGGGAGGAUCAGUAAACCAUUCGUCAAGAUUGAGGAUUCAAGCAGACACUACCGACCAAUCUACCUCACUGUGCCAAACAUGCCUGAGUUCAACCUGAAGACUGUUCCUCCUGGAAGUCCCUUCUGUGUGGAGGACAAGGAUCCUCCUGGAAACAAACAGCGGGGACACAGUGAAGAGAGAGCACACGGCCGAAAGAAGAACAGAGACAAGAAACGAGGUGGCUACUGCGAGUGCUGCAUGGUCAAAUAUGAGAACGUCACAACGCAUCUACAGAGCGAACGGCACAAGACUUUCUCCAAGAGUGACAAAUACUUGGUGGUGGACAAACUGGUUUCAACCCUGCACUGCAACUUCUUCCACGUCAGAACUCAAGUUAAAAGACCAAAGUGCAGUGUUUCCUCUGUUCUCAUGGCUCCUGGACCGUGUGGGAAAACUGAGCUAAGGCACAAGAGAGAUCUCAAUACCACAGACAUUAUUAAAGAAGAGCAGCGCUGGACUGUCAAUGGACACAAGGGAUCUUAUUCAGGACACCCUUUAAAAAUCAGAUCAGUUGCGGCUUCUGCUCCUCUGAUUCACAGAGAGGGGGACUCUAGGAGGCAUUACACUCACUCAGACAGAUCCAAGCACAAAUUUCUUGCGCGUAAGCUUCCUGGCAGAAAGAAUUCCUUGACUUCUUGCACUCAAACGCCACAGCCUGAGAUGAAGACAGCGCCCUCUAGAGGUGACUGUCUCACCUCUGUUCCCUCCAGACUUACUCAGGUUGACCCGAAGGACCAAAUAAUAACUGAGGACAUGAACAGCUCAACCUCGCACUUCCAUGAUAUAAACAAACAGAACGAAUAUUCCUCAAAAAGUCUUAAUGUGAUAACAAAUCAACAAGAGGAGUCUGAUAAGAAACAGGAUUCCUCAGUAAUUGAGGCUGUUCUGGAUGGAAACGCGUUGCCCGACAGACUUUUUGUAAACAGCCUCUCAGAAAAGGAAGAUCCAAGUCUCUCAACACAAAGCUUCUCUCCAGUUCGGAAAAUACGGAGGAGGGUCAGGGUUUAUAAACGCAAAAGACGGAAAGUGGACACACAUGUUGGACAUGUGAAGCCAAGUGACAUUCCUGACAACUCUGUGCUGAAACUUUGGGAGCUUUUUCAGUCGAGUGAUGACAUGGACGUCGAAUUCCUGGGGUUUGAGACCUAGGAAGGGAAAACUGAAUUCAAGGGAUAAACUGGACCAUUUUCUAGACAUAUUACGUUUUCCACAACUAGAACUACAUCAGACUUUGUGCCAUGGACUGUGUGAGCAACUUAUUUGUUUUAGGGGUGAAAAAAUUCCCCUGUUACUUUGUUUUAUAUCAGAUGAAAGGCAGCUGCUGGUGUGCUUUUGCAUUUUCUUCUCUGCAUUGUAUCAGAUAUUUAACUUAAAACCAGCCUUUAAUGACAUUUAUAAUUCCCUUUACAGUGGCUUUGAAAUGACAAUUGGCACAUUUUACUGUGCUGAACAAAUUGGUUGAAAAUGCAUUUAAAUUCUAAACUCAAAACAAAGAACUGUUGAAUUGAAGCAAUGUAUUCAAAACUGUAUAUUCCCAUGAAAAUAUGACUUAAAUGUACAAAAUGUACUGAUAUCUUACUUGUCUCAAAGCUUAAAAAUAGAUCUAUAACUCAUCUCAUCUAUAUCUAAAUCCCCUUUGUGAUUGAUUUUAGUAAGAGAAAUCAAACAUCGCUAAUUGCUUUUACCUGGAUGCAGCUGCUGUAGAAACAGAAACAAAUGCACAGCAAGUUCAGCUGAUAAACUUUAACAGCAAUUUAUGUGGGGAAAUGUCUCCAAAAUACCAUGAAUUGGAAUAAAAUGUCACCUAAAGAUGACACUGCUCUGCAGCAGAAAACACCCCGCAAUGUAUUAGGGUGAGUAUUGAGGGACAAAUUUCACAAGGUUGAUACCUUUUAUUGCCACUUAACAAUGUAUGAAAUAUUACUGUGUUUAUUAUCAUAGUUUACAGUCUCUUCAUGCAGUCGUUUCCACUGAAUACUGACUGUUCAUUUAAAGGAGCAUCAAAUGGAAGAAAAAGGCAGCUUUAGUCACAAUAUUUUACACAGUAAUCUGGAGAAAGAUGAGAAAUCUUCCCAGACAUGUUGAAAUGAUUGUAUAUGUAUAUAAAAUGUAUAUAUAGUGGUUGUAUAUGUAUUUUAUUGUAAAUGACCUGCAGGCUGGAUGUGUGGUACUUGACAUUAUAUAUAACAUUUUAGGAUUCUUCCUAAGUGCACUUCUCAUGACCUGCCUUCUUUUCUUUUUCUGAUGCAUUAGCUCAGCUUCUCCCUUUUUCCCUGCAUUUAGUACAUUAGCAUAGUGCCCUUGUUCUCCCUCACUGCUCUCAAAUGGAUGCACUGGGUCAAAUGGGAGUCUCUGUGCCACUGGCAUUAAGAAAAAGACACGAGCAACAGCAUGCUCCAAGGUACAAGAACGGCAAUCCUGCAAAUAAA